GUGGCAGGAGCUGCACUCAACGCGAAGGUCGGGACGCGCCUGGCCUGCGACUACGCAGACUUUAAAUGUGAACUUUGGCUUCACCAACAAUUUCGCUAUCCCUUCACCAGUCUGUCAACAAUAAAUCCGACUUGCUGCGCUUGCUCUCUAAUCACGGGCUACCAAGGCGUAUACAUUAUUGUUAACUCUGCUCUCCCACUUAUUCUCCAAACUCGGCUCGACUCGGACAACUUCGAGAUUGUUUACCCCCAGCCGCAAUAUUCUCGAGCAUCAGUUCUUUUCGCUGCGCCAACCCACCCGCGCGCCAGCAUUCCUACCACGGUGGCAACCACAAAUAAACCCGCAACAUCGACAUUGCGACAACAUCUUUGCCAUCUCCGCGACCCUGUUCAACCUCAAUUCCGACGCAAGCGACUACCAUGCCGACUCCUAAGCGGUCGUCGCUGCGCAAGCGUCGUGACGUGCAACGGGACCCUCCCUCUUCCGAUCCUGCUGAGGAACAAGUAACCCCAACUCGACCAGCCAAGAGGCGACGCAAGGAGUCUGACGAUGAGCGCCCCGAGACUGACACUGCGCACGAUCCCGACACCGAGACCGAACAGACUUCCGCAUCCGUCCCGAAAGUUGAUGACGAUGCGACCCUGACUAAAGUGAUUGGAUUUUUAAAGACACAGCCCGUGCAAGCCAGCAAAGACCACGCCAACUCUAUCCACGAAGCCAAUGGUGAUGGAGUCAAGGCAUACGCCAAGAUUGCUGCACAUGACUGGACGUAUUAUAUCACGAAGCUUUCUGUCAACAUUGGUCGCGAGCCCGAGGGCGCAAGCCAUGAAGCGACGACCCCAAGCAAGGCAGCCCCCAAGACGAAUGGGGACACAGACGAGGACGGGUACGACGACGAUCAGGUUCACAUCGACCUGGGACCAAGCAAGACUGUCUCACGAGAGCACGCUGUCAUAUCUUUCGAUGCGCACAACGAGAAAUGGGUCAUUACUGUGAAGGGCCGGAAUGGUGUCAAGGUCGACACGAAGCAGCUGAAGCCCAACGAGACGCAUGCUCUCUCAAGCGGCGAAGCCAUGGAGAUUGGCGGCGUGGAGAUGCUGUUUGUUCUCCCUUCAGAGAUCAGUCCGCUCCAUAUUCACCCUACUAUUCUGGACAGGGCUGGUCUGGAUCCUGGCCCGGGUUUCUUCAGGACACCCCGCCGACCUGCUACUUACAACCCGUCCAGCGGGCCACACGGGAACAUUGGUACACCACCUUCGUCCUUACCGAGUCGUACGGCACUGGCUACAACGAGGUCGCCGCUUCUGAGUACGCCUGGGGCGGUCAUUGUGGGCGCCAAUGGCGCCGAUCUAAGCAAAGAGGAAAACAAGCACAUCAAACCACAGUACAGCUACGCACAGAUGAUUACCCAGGCAAUCACAUCGGUGCCCGAGUCAAAGUUGACAUUAAACGGUAUUUACACCUACAUUGUCAAUCAGUACGCGUACUACCGUAACCAGCCUCCUUCGGGUUGGCAGAACUCUAUCAGGCACAAUCUGUCUUUGAAUAAGCAUUUUGAGAAGGUCGCAAGAUCAACGUACGAGCCUGGAAAGGGUGCCAAGUGGCAAAUUGUCCCAGAGUCCAAGGAGAACCUCGUCCGGACGGCCUGGCGCAUCGGUCGCGGUGGGCAUCGUGGUUCGUCUGCGCCCUCCUCACCAGGUAACCUCACCUACUUGGCCUCGGGCCCGCGGGAAAUGGCGAGCAAUGCUACUCCCAUCAGGAACAGACAGAGUUCAAUGCUCGGUUCGCCACAACCCAAGUCCUCGCUACCAAUGUCGCAGACACCUGACGCGACUUCACAGCAACCUCGACGGGCCAACGCAACCCUGACCGCGGACGGUAGUCCUCUGCCCCGGUCAAAGAAGAUUGCCUCGGACGACCCGUCCUUUUCCGUCAACCCCCAAUCACCAACCCUAACGUCCUCGUACUACCAAGAUGAUGCCGGGGGUUCGUUCGUCACGCCAGCGCCUCCGCGGGUGCACCCGCGGCUGGCGCCCCCUAGCACUGCCCAACGGCCCAGUCAGCAUAUGCCGACAAGCUCACCCGCACCGUUCUGGAGGUAUGCGGACUAUAACAGCACGCCACUUCGACCGGCGGCGGAUGUUGAGCCCACAGGGAGCCCUACCAAAGGCGCCCCUACUCUCCCGCCUCCACAGGACAGCAGCCCCAUCCGUGGGCACAGAGCGUUGCCCAGCAGUCCUGCACGCGCCGCUGAUGAAGAGCGUGCCAAGACAGAGCCUGCUGCGGAAGAAGAGGCUCAGGGGGCUGGGGAGGACACUGCAAGUCAAGAGGAAGAGGAGUUUGACCUCGCCAAGGGGUUUCAAAGCAUCAAUACGUACCAUGCAGAACCAAGGAAUGGUUUGGCUGGUGUCAGCGAAAGGUAGAAGCUGCUGUCCCUCAAGGCUAGACCAGCCCACGGCCCGUAACGUUCAAGGCUUUGUAUUACAGUCUGUGUCAGAUUCAUGGGUGCCGAUGUUGGGAUAGUCUUAUGGACAUGUUUGAUGUUGGAGCAUGGCAAACAAUGAGCAUUGUGGAACACAGGAGGAUUUGUUUGUUAUUUAUUCGUUUGGUACAGCCAUGAUGCCAUUGUCAGCGCAGCCCCUUGGCGGGAAGAAUAGUCAUCCUGAGGGACCAUUGAGAUUUGAACGAGGUCCAAGGACGGAAA